AUGGCCAGCUUCAAGCUUCCGCAGCUCCAGCCGGACAACGACCUCUGGGGUCCUGCCUCGGGCUCCAACGCGCUCCCUUCGGAGCUCAAGGACAUCCCCUUCGCCCCUUACGCAAAGAACGACAAGGUCGGCCGCAUCGCCGACUGGAACAACGCCUCCGGUGCUUCCAACGAUGCCGCCAACGCUCGCGGCGGUCGCCAGGGCCGUGCGCGAGACGUCCAGCAGAACUUCGGCACCUCGGCUGCCUCGUCCGCCUUCGCCUACUUCCACGGCGAUGACGAGGCCUCCUUCUCGGUCGUCGACAACACCCGCACCGCUGCUUCGCGUCGCGGCGGUCUGGGCCAGAUGAGCCAGCGUGGUGGCCGUGGUGGUCGCGGCGGUGCUGGUGCCGCAGGUGGCCGUGGCGCCUCCAAGUUCGGCGCAGCGGCCGGUCGCGGUGGUGGAGCUCGUGGUGGACGUGGCGGCGCGCGUGGCGGCCGUGGUGGCGGAAGGUUCGGCUGGAAGGAGUGGGACAAGCCGCAGCGCAUCCGCGAGGCUUCCGUCGCCGUCGGGCAGGACUGGGAGCAAGUGGAGGAGAUCGACUUUGUGCGUCUGGGCAAGCUGCGUCUCGACGUGGACGAGCCCGAGGAGAUCUCGUCGUACGGUACGCUGUACGAGUACGACCGAGCCUACGACCGCGUCACCGUCAAGACCUCGCACGCGCUCUCGUCGCUCGACCGCGUGCGCUACAACCCUACCACUUCGGACGACCCCAUCAUCCACGACAUUGCCGCCAAGCACGACGCCAAGAUCUACAUGACCGACUCGAUCCUCGCGCUGCUCAUGUGCGCCACCCGCUCCGUCUACUCGUGGGACAUCAUCAUCACCAAGACCGCCGACGGCAAGGUCUUCUUCGACAAGCGCGACGGCGGUCCGUUCGACUUCCUCACCGUCAACGAGAACGCCGCCGACCCGCCGAGCGAGGCGCCCGAGGGCAAGGAGAACGAGGCGGCCGCCAAGGCCAAUGCGCUCAACACGCCCAGCGCACUCAGCCUCGAGGCGACGUACAUCAACCAGAACUUUGCGUUCCAGAUCGUCAACGAGAAGAACGCCUACAAGCUCGAGAACGACAACCCCUUUUACUCUUCCGACGAGACCGAUCCGGCGGCUUCGUGCGCAUACCGCUACCGCAAGUUCAACCUGUCGUCCGAAGAGGCGGAUCCGGUGGAGCUGGUGGUGCGUACCGAGGUGGACGCCUACACGCUCGGAGCCAACAAGGACAAGCAGCUCAUCACGAUCAAGUCGCUCAACGAGUUUGACUCGCGCGCCCAGGGUGCGGGUGGUGCGCCCGAGUGGCGUUCCAAGCUGGACACGCAGCGCGGUGCGGUGGUGGCGACCGAGAUGAAGAACAACUCGUUCAAGCUCGCGCGCUUUGCGGUGCAGUCGCUGCUCGCCGGUGCGGACAGCAUGAAGAUGGGCUACAUCUCGCGCGCCAACCCCAAGGACGCCUCGCGUCACACCAUCCUGGGCACUUCGUGGCUCAAGCCGCGCGAGCUCGCGGGUCAGAUGGCCGUCAACCUCGGCAACGGCUGGGGUAUCGUGCGUACCAUCGCCGAUCUUGCUCGCAAGGCCGACGAGGGCAAGUACGUGCUGCUCAAGGACCCCAACAAGCAGACCAUCAGGAUGUACCGCGUCCCCGCCUCCUUUGGCGAGGACAACGACGACAUCCCCGAGGAGGACGAGACCGAGGCCCAGAACAACGCCUAA